UCUGAACCUCCAUUCAUUCCCUCAGCAAAUCACAUUCACCUCCACAACACUUAAACUUUCGCUCAUAAACCCAACCCAAGCUCUUUUCCUCUUCUCCUUUUCUCUCAUCAAAACAAAUCGAUUCUUUGCUGCUAAUCAUUCACAGAAUUCUUUCUUCAAACGCCAUCGUUACGGAAUUCUUUCUUCCCUUUAUUGAUUUGCAGAGAAUUUGAAUUUAUUUUGUUUAUUUUUUCAAUUAAAAUUGAUUGAUGCCGCCGGCGCCAUUGUCGUGUGAUCGUAACCACUUGUUUAGAGAUAGAAUUUCUUCUUCCAGAUGGAGAGAUUCUUCUUCCUACUAUGUUGGAUCACGCAACUUUAACAACAACAACGAUUUCUCCCCUCGUUGGGGUUUUCCCUCCUCUCACUUUCAUUGUCCUCCUGGUCAUGUUAAGCAGGGUGGAUGGCAUAUGAACUAUGAGGAUCACGGGUACUCAACACCUAGUUUUGGUGAUCGAUUUAUGGAUGAUGAUGUAUUUAGACCGUACGGAAUGCAUGGAGAUGGAAGAUAUGUUAGGUUUUAUACGGACAAUCGUCCCUUUUUUAGCCACAAAAAUAGGAGAGACCAUUCUUGGAAAGCCAAUCACCACCACCAUAGAUCUCCAUCAAAUGGAGGAGGAAGGCCACAUAUUGUUAAUGAUAAGAGAUUAGUUAGUGAUUCAUUUAUGCGUAUUUCCCAUACGCGUUCUGAACCUUGUGAUCAGUUUCAAAAAAGAGAGCAAACUGAUAAAUCGAGCGAUGCUAAUGGGUCUAGCAUAGGCCAUAAGGUUGAUAAAAAGAAUUUAGUGGGGUCUUAUGAAUGGAAACCUCUUAAGAGGUCUCGUUCGAGAAGCUUAACUUCAAGGGGUUCUGUUUUUAGCCAUACAAGUAGCUCUAAGGGUAUCAGAGAAGAGUCCUGUGAUUUGCCCCGGGAGAAUGCUACCACUGUUCAAUCAACACCUGGGGAUGCUGUUCCUUGUGUGGCCACUGUUGCUCCUUCGGAAGAACCAUCUUCUAAGAAGCCACGUCUUGGAUGGGGGCAAGGGCUGGCUAAAUAUGAGAAAAAGAAAGUUGAAGGCCCAGAAGACAAUGUAAACAAGGAUGGUAAUGCGGUGUUAGUUACUAAUAUUGAACUUUUGCAUUCUUUCACCUCAAAUCUAGUUGCCAAGAGUCCGAAGGUAAAGGGUUUCUCUAAUUGCUCGUCACCUGCCACACCAUCAUCUUUUGCCUGCAGCUCCUCACCAGGGCUGGAAGACAACACAUACGGGAAAGCUAUUGAUUUUGAUGGCGAUACUACCAAAUUCAGUGUAUCUUCGAUGUCUGUGCCCGGGAGUCAGCUUGACGGAUCAAAUUUCAGUCUUGAUACAAUGGAGCUGAACUCGAUUACUAACUUGGGUUCCAUGCUCACUGAAUUGUUACAGGAAGAUGAUAAAAGCUUUAUGGAUACUGGUUUUAUGAGAUCCUCAGCUUUGAAUAGACUGCUGUUGUGGAAAGAUGAUAUCUCAAAGGCAUUAGAAUUAACUGAAACUGAGAUUGAGUCGCUUGAAAAUGAAUUAGCAUCAUUGCCGGCUAAUACUUCUAAAAGUCUCCAACUUCCUGCAUUAUCUGACUCAGGCCUAAGUGAUGGCGUAAAUGUCUUGCAUGUACCACAACUGUUUGAAGUGGUUUCAAAUGGAGAUAUAAUUCUGGAAAAUAGACUUCCAUGCGAUGAAGCCAAAGGAGUAAAAGUGGAUGUUAGGGAUGAGGAUAUUGAUAGCCCUGGUACUGCUACAUCCAAAUUUGUGGAUCCUCCUGUUCAAAAGUUUGUCUCCCUCGAGUUGCACAAAACUUCUGUGGAGACUAGUACCAAAAGCACAAUGGAGAAUUUGGUUGCAUGUGAGGAUGAGUCAGAUGUGGGUACUUCGUGUCAGAGCUGUGAUAAAAAGGUAAUCUUAGAUGAUAGUGAUGUCAUAUCUGGAAUUGUGCAACCAAAUGUGUGUGAAAAGGAAGAGGAUAAUCUUUGUGAUAUAGUACUAGCUUCCAAUAAGGAAACUGCUGAUAGAGCUGCUGAAUUUGUAAUCAAGUUAUUGCCUAGUUGUGAUUAUUCGUUGGAGCCUAAUGGAGUAUAUUGCUUGCCUGCUGCUGAUACUACAGUCAAAGAAAAGUUUCUGAACAGGAAGCGGUUUCUCAGGUUUAAAGAGAGAGUGAUAUCAUCGAAAUACAGGAUACUUCAUAACCUUUGGAAGGAAGACUUGCAUUUGCUUUCUUUGAAAAGUUAUCAUGGAAAACCACACAAAAAACUAGAUUUGAGCUCACGUUCACGGAAAAUCAGGAGUCAUAAACAUAGGUUGUCCACUCGUUCACCAGCUGGAGGUUUAAGUCUGGUUCCAACACCAAGGAUAAUUGAUUUUACGGGCAAGCUACUUUCAGAUUCCAAGGUGAAAGUUUAUAGAAAUAGUUUGAAGAUGCCCGCUAUGAUCUUAGAUGAGAAAGAGAAGAUGCCCAGGAUUUUGUUGAGUAAUGGAUUAGUUGAGGAUCCGUGUGCAGUUGAGAAAGAAAGAUCAUUGGUCAACUCAUGGACUGCUGAAGAUAAGAGAAUCUUUAUUGAUAAGCUAGCUAUUCACGGGAAAGAUUUCCGCAAGAUUGCGUCAUUUUUUGAUCAGAAGACCACGGCCGACUGCGUUGAGUUUUAUUACAAGAAUCAUAAAUUAGAAUGCUUCAAGAAAAUCAAGAAGCUAAAGGGGAAAAACCUAGGGAAACCUUUAUCUUCAAGCACAUAUCUGGUGACGUCUGAAAAGAAAUGGAGUAGGGAGAUGAAUACUGCUUCCCUCAAUAUUUUGGGUGCUGCUUCAGUUAUUGCAGCUCAAGCUGAUCAGGCUUUGGAAACUCCAAAAUUGCUAUUAAGGAAGCCGAGCAACAGAAAGUCUAAUGGAUUAGAUGGCAUCAAGGAUGCAUCAAUUCAGGACUGGAAGCAGCAAAAGACUGGUAUUACCAUUAAGUGGCGUUUGACGCCAGAGUUCACACAAAAUGUCGAUGAUUCCUGUUCAGAUGAGGGCUGUGGAGAGAUGGACCCUGCUGACUGGACAGAUAAUGAGAAGUCUUUGUUUGUGCAAGCUUUCUCAUCCCAUGGAAAGGAUUUUUCGUUGAUAUCUCAAUGUGUCAAGACAAAGUCCAUAGAUCAAUGCAAAGUCUUCUUCAGUAAGGUGCGGAAGUGCCUUGGUCUAGGCACUUUACUCUUUGCAUCUGGGAUGGGAGGAAUUCAUUCUAACAAUGUCACAAACCGGGCAGGGACAAAUAAUGAAGAUGCUGGUAUUGCAGAGACAGAUUCUGUUUUCUGCACUGACAGAUCAGGUUGUAGAAUAGAUGAAGAUCUGCUGCAUGUUAACUCAGAUGUGUCAAUGCCUGAAGCUUAUCCUGAAUUGGAAGAAAAUUGUGGUCUAGGACAGUUGGAUCAUAAAUAUGGUUGUUUGGAAGAUGAUGACUUGCUUCCAAAUGCUGAUUUUCCAGAUGUCUCAGAUCCGGUUGAUAGUAGUGGGGUGGUUGAUAAUCUGGACAAGGACACAGCUGUUAAUAAUCAGACAUCUGAUAUACAUGCCAAAUCUAAGAUGGAUGCAGCAAUUGGUAAAAGUGCUUCUGGCAUCUCUGAUAGAGCAGCUGAAGUUGGUGUACCCUCUACUCCUGGCCAGCUUGCUAACCCUAGAAAUGGAUUAUCCAAACCAUCAACUUCUGGGGACCAUGCCGAACAUGCCCAAUUUGGCCAACCUCGUUGCAAUUCAGGUUUCCCAUUUGAUUCAAACAAAGCAGAUUUGCAUGAUGUUAUCACUCACACUGUGGCUUCUGAGAGUAUUGGCCAUCUGAUUCAAGAUUCAGUUCUCAAAAAAUGUAGUCGUAUUGCAGCUCACAAUUCAAUUUCUGAACCCCCUCUUCUUCGACAAAAUAAAAGUGAUGUCGGGUCCAGCUGUUCUUCAAAAACAAAGUUGUCAUGCAGCAAUGGUGAUGCAAAGUUAUUUGGAUUUACUGAUGACCACAAUAGUUUUCAUUGUUUAGAGAAUGUUCCAAUUAGUAGUUAUGGCAUUUGGGAUGGAACCAAGAUACAGACAGACUUUUCAUCAUUGCCAGAUUCAGCUUUGCUCAUGGCCAAGUAUCCAACUGCUUUUGCCAACCACCCAAUUUCUUCGCGGAAAUCACAACAGCAGCCAGUGCAAGUAACAGCCAUGAGUGGUGGUAAUGAAUGCAAUAUGAACGGUGCUCAUGUCUUCUUACCAAAGGAAUCCAGCAGCAGCAACGGGAGUGUUGUGGAUUACUGCAGCAGUGCAAGGUUAUAGUGAAGGUGAAUGUUGUACAGGCUGUGGGAGGAUCAUGAACCGGGAUCACAUUGCAUUAGGCGGGUCAACAGUUUGGUGGUGGUGGUCAUGCGGUAAACGGGAUAAUUAGGGAGGAAUCUUUGCAAAGUCAGGGAGUUAGUAGGAAUGCAAGGGGGCUUUUGAAUAGAAGAGAAGGCCCUAUAGGUGGUAAGCUAAUCUCAUCUUUGCUUGCUACAAAAUGCUUGUAUUUUAGGUAAUUUAGUUGAGUUGAUCUUUUUUUACCAUUAUGUAAUAUCGCAGGGUUUAUUUGUUGUGUUUGAUGGAAAAUGCAAAAUAAAUAAAUAAAUAAAUAAAAACUGGGAAAUUUUUGGGGGUGAGGAAUUUAUAGCAAACUCGUAUCCAUCAUUCAACAAAUCAAUUAGUCUCAUGUUUUUGUUUAUACUUUAUACGUAAUAGAUGAGAAAUCCAGUCUUCUCUUUUCGA